AUGACAGCGAAGACCCCCGAUAUUCCGUCCUAUAGCCAGAUAGCCUGUGUUGGUGCCGGCCUGUCGGCUGUGGCUCUGGGAGCAACGCUGAAGCGAUGGUACAACCUUGAAGACAUCCAUUUCUUCGAACGACAUCCUACGAGCGGUGGAACGUGGUACAUCAACACAUAUCCAGGAUGCAGCUGCGAUGUCCCUAGCGCAUUGUACAGCUUUUCCUUUGCUCUGAACCCAAACUGGACUAGGCUUAUGCCUUCGAACACGGAGAUCAAAGAGUAUGUUGACAACGUGGUUGACACAUACAAUCUUCGUCGAGCGAUGACCUUUGGCACGGAAGUAGUCCGUAGUGUGUGGCGGGAAGACGUGAAUCGCUGGACUCUAUACCUACGUGAACUGGAAACGGGACUCGAAUAUACGCACGAGUGCCAGAUCCUCUUUGCAGCAACUGGACAGCUUGUCGAGCCGCGACCAUGUGAUAUCCCCGGUGCUGCAGACUUCGGCGGGAGUAUAUUCCAUUCGGCGCGAUGGGAUCAUAGCGUGGAUCUCGAAGGGAAGAAUGUCGUUGUUAUUGGCAAUGGCUGCACUGCUGCCCAGAUUGUCCCAGCUUUGGUCAACGAGGGAAAGAUCAAAUCCCUCACACAGAUCGUUCGAACGAAGCACUGGAUCUUUCCGGCUCCAAACUUCUCCUAUCCUCGGAUUCUGCAAUGGAUCUUCCGCUACGUUCCUUUGGCCAUGAAGCUGCACCGAUUUCACAUCUUCUUGCUCGCUGAAAAUGACUUUCGCUUGUUUCCGAUGACGAACGGAGCAGCCAGACUUCGAGAGAAACGGCGAAUCAAAGUAGAGAAAUACAUGCGAGAGGCAGGUCCAAAGAAAUACCACGAUCUCCUGAUUCCGGACUUUGAUAGACGAAUCUUCGACCCUGGCUACCUCGAAAGCCUACAUAGUGACAAAGUCCUACUAACCGACGCGAAGAUUGAUAGAAUCACCGCAGAAGGCCUCGAGACUGACAAAGGCUUCAUUCAGGCGAACGUGAUUGUUCUCGCGACAGGCUUCAGGACUAACAAAUUCAUUCCAUACAUGGAUGUGGUCGGGCGAAACGGCGAGAGUGUGUCACAGCACUGGACGAAGUACGACGGCCCAGCUGCCUACAACUGCUCGGUUCUUAGUGGCUUUCCCAACUUUUUCAUGCUCCUCGGACCUAAUGCUGCAACCGGACACACAUCAGCUAUGAUGGCCGCUGAGAACUCGAUUAACUACGCUCUUCGCGUUCUAAAGCCCGUUCUGGACGGUGAUGCCUCAUCAGUAGAGCUAAAGCCCAAGGCCGAGCACGACUACGUCUACUGGGUGCAAGACGCAUUGAAUAAACGCGUUUGGAACGCGGGUUGCGUAUCAUGGUACCUCAAUGACAAGAGAUGGAACUCCAUGUCUUAUCCGUGGACCCAAGGUCACUACUGGUGGAGGAGUCUGUUUCCCACAUGGUCCGAUUGGCAUAUUAAGAAGACUAUAAAGCCAUCGGGACGUAAAUUCUACAAGGCUUUAUUCCUUGCUCUUUGUAUUGGGUUCUUAGGGGUCGCUCAGCUUGGUUACAUUGGAAACCUGUCUCCCGAAUUUGUCAAAACCUACUUGGCCAGUGCACAAUCCAGUAUAUUGGCCAAGUAA